GAUGGUGGCUUGCUGUGGGCUCCAGGUCGAGAUGGGGCUGCUUGAGUGGUGCCUGUGUCUGCUUCUCCUGGGGUCAGCUGCUGCCGCCACCGGUGGCUCCUCCUCACAUUCCCUGCACCACUUCUACCUGGGGGUCUCAGAGCCCGUCCAGGGUCUGCCCUGGUUCACUCAGCUGGGGUAUGUGGAUGACCAACUCAUUACUCGCUAUGACAGCAGCACAAGGAAGGACCAGCCACAAGUUGCCUGGAUGGAGAAGGCGGAGGAUGCCCAGUUCUGGAAGUGGGAGACCCAUCAUGCUUGGGAUGCUGAAUUAUUUUUCAGGCAGGCUCUCCUGACCCUGAGGAGUCGCUACAAUCAGAGUGGAGGGCUUCAUACCUGGCAGUGCCUGCUUGGCUGUGAGCUGAGCAAAGAUGGGAAGCAGAAAGGAAGGUUUAUGCAGUGCGGCUAUGAUGGGAGGGACUUCAUCAGCCUGGACAAGGAGACCUUCACCUGGACGGCAGUCAAUGAUGCGAAGGCUCCACUGACCAAGAGGAAGUGGGAGGCUGAACCAACCAUUAAAGGGAUAUGGAAAGGCUACCUGGAGAAGAAAUGCUUUCAGAGACUGCAAACGUACCUUGACUAUGGGAAGGAGACUUUGCUAAGGACAGAGCCCCCAUUGGUGAAAGUGAUACACAAGGCAGCCUACGAGGGCCGGGAAACUCUCCUCUGUCGAGCGGAUAGCUUCUUCCCCAAGGAGAUCGAUGCCACCUGGAGGAAGGAAGGGGAGGUCUGGGAGCAGGAGACCUUCCAUGGAGGAGUCACUCCCAACUCAGAUGGGACCUACCACACCUGGCUCAGCAUUGAGAUUGACCCCAAAGAGAGGAAGCUGUACCAGUGUCAUGUGGAACAUGAUGGUCUGUGGGGGCCUUUGGACUUGGCCUGGGAGCAGCCUGAUGAGAAACCUCACAGCAAGGAAGGUUACUAG